AGCGAUCUUUACAAUUUCCGAGGGUUUGCAAAUGUAGCACCGUAAGCGCUCGGGGAAGUGAAUGAAAGAGUUUCCGCAACAAACUAGUCCAAACAACGCUCCUGCCAUGGCAACAGCUCGGACGUGUGUCCUGUUUACUGUCCUCUGGGCGACUUUAGCUGAAGACGUUCAAUUAAAGUUCAAGCCGGCAGCCAAACCCGUGCGUCUGUUCACCGAAGAGGAGCUGAAGCGGUAUGACGGCACCGAGGAGAGUCUGCCUAUUUACAUGGCAGUAAAAGGGGUGGUGUUCGAUGUCACCGAGGGAAAAGAGUUUUAUGGAAAAGGCGCCUCGUAUAACGCCCUAGUUGGGAAAGACUCCACCCGGGCUGUGGCCAAGAUGUCUCUCCACCCGACGGACCUGACAUCAGAUACGGCGGGCCUCACUGAGGACCAGCUGGAGUCUCUGGACAGCGUGUUUGAAGGGACGUACAAAGCCAAGUAUCCCAUCGUGGGUUACACGGCGUCGCGGAUCCUCAACGAGGACGGCAGCCCCAACGAAGACUUCAAACCAGAGGACCAGCCUCAUUUUCAGAUCAAAGAUGAAUUUUGAUGGCAUUCUACCUCUGUUUUUUAUUCCUGCAAUACAACAAGCGUCAUGGUGUCAUUGUCAAAUGAAAGAGAAAAGAGCAAUACCUUUUUUUACUUGAGCCGUUGAAUUAAAGAAAAGAAAGUUUUGUCUUUUCAGUGUCUCAUAUUAAAUGCCUAGUGAUUUUGAGAUUUUGAAGAUUCCUUUCAGCCACAUGAAUAAAAAAGUUGCAUAGAUGGACUUAUGAAGCCCGGAGUUUCCAUGUCACACCAUGUCAAUGUGUCCCCUUGUAUGAUGUAGCGUUCUGCGUAAUAAGCUCAAGCACCCAUGAGACAUCAGCCAGCAAAAGGCAGUUUUGUCUGGAUAUUUUUUAGCUAUUGGUUUUUAAAAACUUAGAGCAGAUGAGAAACAAACUGAAAACGCCCACAAGUGGUGCCGCAUCCAUUCUGGCAAAAGACACACACAGGAAUCGUAUUAGUAUUGCAACCUCUUACUCUUAACAGUUUUUUUUUUUAUUUCUUAAGUACUGUUUUCACAUAAGUGUGAGGUGCUAAAAUUUUCAACUGCACGUGUUCAAACUUUACGCUGUUAACUCCUGAGAGAAUGUCAUUUAUGUAACCGAAAACUGUUAAAGCUGUGGCUCUGGUGAAGUUUACGAGAUCAGAGUAGCUCCACGUUUUUCAGCUUGAUUUUUUAUUUUUUUUUAUCCAUAGAAACUUUUUGCCUCAUAGUUUUAUUGCCGAAAAAAACAAAACAACAACCUUCUGCUGCUGUGAUAGAAGCUCUUGCUCCUAGCUCCCACUCACUCAUACGGCAAAUCUGGGUCUGUAAAGCCUAAUUUCCCCACAUUUCUUUGCGAUUUUAACCAAGUCGACCAUUUUACAUGACUGCGAGUGACCUGCUGCCAAGUUGGAAAACAGCCAUCCGUUUAAGGAUCUGUUUUAUAUCAAGGUGAAGUUAGCCACUAAUUUCUACGGCAUUAAGAUGCCUGAAGAAAACUAAGAUGGCGUCUGAUUUAAAUGAAGAAACUGAAAUUGAGAAAUUCACCAUUCUGAUUUUAAAAUGAUUAGAAAGCGUUCAUCCACCUCUGUGGUUAAUCAAAUCAUCGUUGGUUACACGUGAGGCAACUUGGCAAGCGGUGAGCAUUUUCUAUAUCUUAAUCUGUGUUUGUGCAACCCUGUGGCAAAUGUAAAGGGUUGUCCAAAAGCUAAUGAGAUAGGGAUUGCCGUUUAUGAGCAAUUCCCUUCACAGCACGCUUCCCAGUGGAUUUGAAAAAAAAAAAAAAACUUUUAUCAUCCUCAUUAUACAACACUGACACAACAGUGUCGUAAUCCUCCAUGUUAAAGCCCUUUGCUGAGCUACAGGAAAAUAAGAGAAACACAA